GUAUUUAUGAUACUCUUGGAGGGUUUGUAUGCAAGUUUCAAUAGUGGACAUGGAUGACGCAUGAUCUGCGUCGAAGCCAAUGCUUAUUGGAAUCACUCUCGCUUUCUCUGUCCGCCAUUGUUGUUGCUUGAGCUUUUCUCCCAAUGGUUCUACUGAAUGCGGCAGUCGCAAUACUUUUCACAACACUCAUCACGUUCUCUGCUGCCGCCGCCUCUUUUGUCGCCGACGAUGCUUACCCAUCUCCACAUAUCGCCUCCAUGACAUCCUGCGACCUCGACGAUCUCUCCCCUAUCCGCAGGGAAGAGUACGACGAGGGUCGUAUCAUCGACAUAACUCACCGUUACCGAUCUGACAUGCCUUCAUGGGAAUCGGACGACGGCCUUGGACAGUUCCUCUGGCUACCGGGCAGUAUGAAGAACGGAUCACUCGCCAACAAUUCCGAGAUGAAACUGCCGGCUCACACUGGGACCCACGUGGAUGCUCCAGGACACGUGUAUGACCACUAUUUUGAUGCGGGUUUCGACGUUGACACGCUUGACCUUCAUGUCCUCAAUGGCCCAGCACUGUUAGUUGAUGUUCCAAGGGACAAGAAUAUAACAGCCGAAGUUAUGAAGUCCUUGAACAUUCCCAGGGGAGUGAAGCGUGUGCUUUUCAGAACAUUAAACACUGAUAGGCGGCUAAUGUGGCAAAAGCCAUUUGACACAAGCUACGUGGGAUUUAUGAAGGAUGGAGCCCAAUGGCUGAAGGACAACACGGACAUCAAACUUGUUGGUACUGAUUACUUAUCGGUUGCUGCAUUUGAUGAUCUGAUUCCUGCUCAUCUUGUCUUCUUAGAGAGCAGGGAAAUCAUUCUUGUUGAAGGUCUGAAACUUGAAGAUGUGAAAGCAGGAAUAUAUAAUGUCCAUUGCUUACCAUUAAGGUUACUAGGAGCAGAAGGAUCUCCAAUAAGAUGCAUUCUCAUUAAGUGAAUGCCACUAGUAGUAUGCAGAGCAUGUUCAAGAUGGACUUCAGUUUAUAUCCAUCUUGUUUUUUAAGUUGUGACUUGUUACUUUUCAUUUGUAAAUUAGUGGUUGGUUUUGCAGAAUUACUAUAAGAAAUAUUCUGUUUUGAUAUAAAUAAAAUAUUUGAGAUAAUUAUGGAGAUGUAAAGUUGUCAAGAGAA